AUGGAUGAAGUGAAUAAUGAAAGAAAAGAAAUUCCAUUUGAGAUGAGAAGUGUGCAAGUUCCAUCCAGAAAAAUGAAAAUAAUCAAGGAAGAGUGGAUGAAGAUAUACACACCCGUUGUCAUGCAGUGCAAGCUUCAGAUAAGAAUGAACUUAACAACAAAAUCAAUAGACAUCAGAACGUGCAAAGAAACACUCACCCCAGUGGCCAUUCAGAGAGCAGAAGAGUUUAUCACAGCAGUCACUCUGGGCUUUUCGCCAGAGGACGCUCUUUCCAUACUAAGAGACGACACUUUGUACGUAAACUGUUUUUCGCUAGAAGAUGUAAGAAUAAUUAAAAACAGCCACAUAGGCCGUGCAAUAGGAAGAAUUGCAGGACGCAAGGGAAAAAUAAAGAACAACCUGGAAAUCAUCUCGCACACAAGAAUAGUUGUAGAGGACAAGAGCAUCCGAGUGCUUGGAACUGCUGAAAAUAUUGCUCUGGCGCGUACCGCGAUAAGUAAGCUGAUCAUGGGCUCGCAGCCUGCCAAAGUGUGCGCUGAUCUAAGAACCGUAUCCAAGAAAGUGCAGGAAAGACUAUAA